AUGCCUGAACCCGCCAAGUCCGCCCCGAAGAAGGGCUCAAAGAAAGCCGUGACCAAGACGGCUGGUAAGGGAGGCAAGAAGCGCAGAAAGUCCAAAAAGGAGAGCUACGCUAUUUACGUGUACAAGGUGCUGAAGCAGGUCCACCCCGACACCGGCAUUUCCUCCAAGGCGAUGGGCAUCAUGAACUCGUUCGUCAACGAUAUUUUCGAGCGCAUCGCCGGUGAGUCGUCCCGUUUGGCUCAUUACAACAAGCGCUCCACCAUCACGUCCAGGGAGAUCCAGACCGCCGUGCGCCUGCUUCUUCCCGAUGAGCUGGCCAAGCACGCCGUGUCCGAGGGCACCAAGGCCGUCACCAAGUACACGAGCUCAAAGUAA